GGGCUAGGCGGAGCCUGAAAGCGCCGCGGAUGACGCGGCACGUGCCUUUUUUCCGUGGAACCUGAGGGAUCCCUCACAGAUUUUGAUUUCCCACUCUAGAACCGGCUGAAGGAUUUGUAAGAUGAAAGGUCCUCAAACAUGAAAUGAGAUCAGUGUAUCUAGGUCACCAUGGCGACUGGACAGAAGUUGAUGAGAGCUAUUAGAGUUUUUGAAUUUGGUGGACCAGAAGUGCUGAAACUCCAGUCCAAUGUUGCCAUACCAAUUCCGAAAGACCAUCAGGUUCUAAUUAAAGUCCAAGCAUGUGGUGUAAACCCGGUGGACACAUAUAUUCGCUCUGGUACUUACAGUAGAAAACCACUUCUACCCUAUACUCCUGGCUUAGAUGUGGCUGGAAUAAUAGAAGCUGUCGGAGAGAGUGUAUCUGCUUUCAAGAAAGGUGACAGGGUUUUCACUACAAGCACAAUCUCUGGGGGCUACGCAGAAUAUGCUCUGGCAGCCGAUCACACUGUUUACACACUACCAGAAAAACUGGACUUCAAACAAGGAGCUGCCAUCGGGAUCCCGUAUUUUACUGCUUAUCGAGCUCUGCUUCACAGUGCCCGUGUGAAAGCUGGAGAAAGUGUUCUGGUUCAUGGGGCUAGUGGAGGGGUUGGAAUAGCAGCAUGCCAAAUUGCUAGAGCUUAUGGCUUAAAGGUUUUGGGCACAGCUGGUACUGAGGAAGGACAAAAGAUUGUUUUGCAAAAUGGAGCCCACGAAGUGUUUAAUCACAAAGAAGCUAAUUACAUUGAUAAAAUUAAGAAAUCUGUUGGUGAAAAAGGAGUUGAUGUCAUUAUUGAAAUGCUAGCUAAUGUAAAUCUUAGCAACGAUUUGAAUCUUUUGUCACAUGGAGGACGAGUAGUAGUUGUUGGCAGCAGGGGUCCUAUUGAAAUAAACCCACGGGACACCAUGGCAAAGGAAUCUAGCAUAAUAGGAGUUGCUCUCUAUUCAUCCACCAAGGAGGAAUUUCAGCAGUUUGCAGCAGCCCUUCAAGCUGGAAUGGAAAUUGGUUGGUUGAGACCAGUAAUAGGUCCCCAGUAUCCAUUGGAGAAGGUGGCCCAGGCUCAUGAAGAUAUCAUUCAUAGCAGUGGGGCUACUGGAAAAAUGAUUCUUCUCUUAAAAUGAUUAAUCCUUCCACAGAUUUCCUGUGUAAUUAAAGGUUUCUUACCUCAGUUUUACGUACACUACAUUUGCUUUAAUUAGCAUUCAUUUGAUUCAGUGAGUUUCUUAUAUUAAAAAAAAAAAUUUAUCUUUAGCAAUCAUAGACAUUGGAGUGCAAUUUAUUUUAUAGCUGGCAAUAUUCUUUAUGCCUUCUGCCUCUCAUCAAGGAUUCAUCAUAGUAGGAAAUAGAAUAUUAGUGGUCACUUGGCAUUGGAGGGCAUUACAGAAAUUCCUAACUGAUACUUGAUCAUUGAUUCCAUACUGACUAAAACAUGCUAAUUCAAAGUAAGACUGCUUGAUUUCCAAGCCUACUUCUUUAUAAGAACCUUAUAGGGACUUCCCUGGUGGUCCAGUGGUUGAGACUUCACCUACCAGUGCCGGUGGUGUGGGUUUGUUCCCUGGUUGGGAAGCUAGGAUCCCACAUGCCUUGGGGCCAAAAAAACCAAAACAUAAAACAGAAACAAUAUUGUAAAAAAUUCAAUAAAAACUUUAAAAAUGGUCCACAUCCAAAAAUCUUAAAAAAAAAAAAAAAAGAA